AUGGUCAGAAUAACUAAGACGAUACAGCCCAAGCACACAGAAACUUUCUCUUCUUUCAUCAGCAAUUUCGGAAAAACCGCAUGCUCCAUAUCUCUGCCCCUCCUUCCACAACACCUCGCACAAUUUCCUACAAGAUGGCCAUUUCCUCGUGGUGACCUUUAUCAUUGGAUCUCCCUCUUGAAUCGCUUCGAUGUGAUACUCGACAGAUUCUGCACAACAUACAAGCUAGCAGAUGGUCCCCAAAAGGUAGGCUUCGGUUGUGAAAUGCUGGAGUCGAAUGUAGGAGCAACAACAGACGAUACGAAGAGUCAUGAUCUGGUGGAGCUGGGCUAUGGAGAAGAUGGGGAUAGACAAUUGAUUGAGGCAAUCUUGAAAUUCUCAAAGAUGCUCUUGGAGAAUUGUGGCAAUCGCAGUAUCUACUCCAGCAGUCCGCAUCUGGGGAGUUUACUCAAUACCACGUCUAUGUCAUUACUCGAGAACACUCUUCUGGUUACAUCUCAAUUGGCUCAGAGGUAUAAUUCUGCGAUGAAGCGUGUUGGAUCUGCUAGAAGUAGCAAACAUCUAUUGGCCGAGCAUUACAAUAUUGAUCUCAAUAAAGUUCUGCAGCUAGCACUGCCUUUCAGCAAGACUAUUACCACGCCACCAGACUCGGCACACCCAACGACACCUAAUCCCACAACUCCUGGAGCCAAGGGCAAGGAGAAGGAGAAGGCCUAUUUUAAUCUCCCAGCAAGCCACAAAAACUCAACCACCGUUGUCUAUGCAAACGAUCUCGUUUCAAUAUACAAAGGUGGAUCGGGGGUCAGCACAAACACGAAAAUUCCUCGAAGUGGUUCUGAUAACACUUCAUCAGCCGUAUCGCAGGCAAGCUGGGACGAUUGGGGAGACAUCAGGAUGACUUACUAUCCGAAAACCAAAACUGAACCCGAGCCAGUCAACAAUGCUCUGAAGCCAGCUGAUACCGUUACUAUUCCUGUCCCACCUGUUACUCCAACGCAGGUUCGAAGAUCAUCGAACCUUGGUCCAAAUGCUCAGCGUGCGAAUCGUUCUUCUGCAACAGAAGAGACGCCUCCAACGUUGACACGUACCCCUACGAUGCCCUCGGAUGAUGCUCAGCGACAGAAUGCCAAAACUAUAGAAAUAUCUUCAGCGAAGCUCAGAUCCACAGACAUAUAUUCUCUGAUGCAGGAGUAUGGUUUGGAUAUUCCCCAAGAUCUGCAGUACGAGCUGUUCACAAAGAUUCGAAUUGCAAAAGCUCUCAUAUCAUCUCUGGAGACUCGACAACAGGUCCUCGUGAUUAGAAUGCUUGCUGUCGCGAACAUGGCGAAUGUCUAUGCCGAACCUCUCUUCCUCGAAAACAUUAUGAAACAAGAUGGGGAUGAGCCAAAGCGUUUACAGUUCAUCUAUCAAGUUGCUGAUUUAGUGCACCCGCCUGCCGAAGGUGACAUCGCUGUCUCUACGUACAUGCAGACGCUGGCAUUUUCAACUCUCGAGGCUGUCGCGGGCAUUUCAACAAAGUUCCAAGACGUCUGCAAGGCUUUGAAUACUACAAUCAACCAUGGGGUAAUGCUGUACGUUAUCCGCAAAGCUGUGGCUGAAAUGGCCGUGGAAGAUCUUGGUGAUAAGUUGACAGACAAGGAUCAGUGGCGAAAUGCUUUAUUCUCACUUAUGACUAGUCUCUGUCAGUAUCCCCGCACUGCAGAGGGUCUUGUCACAGCUGGCUUGAUACCCAUUAUGAUUGAAAUUCUCGGACUCCGUACUACCGUGGCCCAGCGCUACCAGCCGAAAACUCUGUCAUUUCUGGAUAAUGUUGUGUACAGUGCUCGUGAAGCCUUUCAGAUACUUGUCAAUGCAAACGGCCUUGAUCGUGUCUCGGAUUUGAUUGUUCAUGAGACAUCGACUGCUUUUGCUAUUGCAAAUUCUGGCGAUGGUAUACCAAGCGAACAUUGUUCACAAUCUACUGAUUAUGAAAUUCCAUUUUACCAACAACAAAUCUUGAAAUGGCUGUUCAAAUUCAUUCACCAUAUGAUGUCAUCCGCAAACAGUUAUGGAGGAAAUUUCGAUCGCCUUUUGCGAAAUCUCAUCGAUUCUUCACAAUUGCUCGGUAGCUUACACCAAAUUAUUGGCAACGGUCGCGUUUUUGGCUCCAUUGUCUGGACUAACGCUGUUGGUAUUCUAAACGGCUUCAUUAACAAUGAGCCCACUAGUUUUGCAAUUAUUGCAGAAGCCGGCCUGAGCAGGGGAUUUCUCGAAGCUGUCUCCGGGGCUCCAAUCGUGAUGCCACAACCUCCAACGUCAGAGGGUGUGUCCGGUGAAUCAAAUCAGGCUAUUGAUGGAGAUGGGGACAGUUCAUCAGCAUCAUCUGACGAAGAUGAAGAUGAUGAGCCUCUUUUUGAAGUUGAUAACAACCCGCACCCACCGACCUUGGAGAUGCUUCAAGCUCCCCGUAGAUCACUGGCUUGGGGCAUCAUGCCAACCCAAGAAACUAUCAAUAUUGUACCACAGGCAUUCAGUGCACUUUGCUUGAAUAAUGCUGGUAUGAAGAUGUUUCGAGCCUCUCAUGCUCUGGAAUCAUUCUUCGAAAUAUUCGAGAGUCCUCAACAUGUCAGCUGUAUGGAGUUAAACGGUGAACUGCCGUCUAGUUUGGGCGGGACUUUUGAUGAAUUGGUACGUCAUCACCCGCCUCUCAAGGGCGCGAUAAUCAACGCCAUACUUGAUAUGGUUGUCCGAGUCGGGUACCUCUGCAAAACCAAGGCAGAGAAGAAUAGAGCGGGUGCUAAGUUAUGGAAUUAUGAUUCCGCCGGCAAUGUUAUUGCACCAGGUGCCCCAUCAACCAGUCCUGCGGAUACGAAAGGCAAAGGCACGACCACUGAUAACGUUAGUGAUAUUGAAAUGCGUGACGUCGAUGACGGAGUGCCCGCCCCAGUCUCGGCCAAAGAUUCCGAUUCUUCCAUGACACCAUACAUCACCUCUGUCGCUUCUUUCCUUGCCACUGUACUCAACAACUCUGCGGUCCGUACGGAGUUCUGUGCCAGAGGUGGAAUUGAGUAUGUGCUUGAUCUUGCCGAAUCUCAAAGCCUGCCAGCCAACUUCGGAGACGGCAUAUCUUCGCGGAAUCUACAAAAUGUUAUUGCUCUUCUCGCUGAGCAAAAACCACAUCUCGUGAUUCCAUCACUUUUGACGCGAGCCCAAGCUGCCGUGGAGAUCCUGGAACCGUUCGCCACACACGAUUUCAGCACAUCUUUCUUUGCUCCGUUUGUAGAUCAUGACCUCCGAGGAUCUGCCGACUCAGCCAUAUUGGCACAAGGCACUGCUUUUGCGAAAGCUUUUGUCAAUAUCCAUUCCUUGGUGGCCAACUUGACAGCUUCCAUCCAGGGGUCCCCAUACAGUCACAGGAAUGCUCCACCUGUUUUCAAUUCUAUGAAUUUCGCUGAUCACUACAAUCGUUUAAUACAAACCCUUGCUCCCCUCUUAGGUGCAGCUCUAAAGGAGGAAAUUUUGUUGCAAAAGCUUGUUCCCAAGAACUGGCAACUCUUGUCAACGGCACGAAUCAGGGAUAACGGAAUUAGCGAUGCGACUUUGGACGCUGUCGUCAGUACCGAACCAUCCCCACCUCCUGUAAAUGUGCCAACACCAGCCGUUGUCAGUGAUCCGCCAUCUCGACCUCUACACCCUGACUACGUACCAACACCAGGUCCCAGCAUACUCUUUCCAUCUGCAUCUCCAGCUGCUGAUGUAGCAGGACCAGAACCAGACGUAAAUCUCACCCUGGAUAUAUCCGCCAAGCCGUACAGUCAGCUAACCCAGAAUUCUGCGGAAUUCCGCAACUAUGGAACGUUGCGUUAUCUCCUUGGCAGGAUGCCUCGAGUUAUAGGCCCCUUCUUCCAAAACGUUGGCAAGGUUCUCCUCAGCAAGCGCAGUCUUGAACUAUACUACAGACAAAGUCACGCCACUAUUGCAGAAGCUUUAUCCGAAUCUGUGCUCAAACAAUUGGCCCGCCCCGGCGAUGACAACAGUAACGAAAACUACUCUUAUUGGAUCGGAUUGUUGAGUGUAUUGAAGGACAUGUUAAUUGAUUCUUCUCGUCAUACAGAUCGCCAAGUUCAAACCAUUAGUCUUGUUUUACAAGCUUUCAAGGAUCGUUCAGGCUUUACCACGUUAAACCACAUCUUAGAAGCUUUCACUUGUGAAAUUCGUGCGAGCAAUGUUCAGUCACGCGAGCAGCAGGUGGAGGAAAAGACACCGGAACAGGUCUUGAAGAUUGAAUUAGCGACAUUUGGCGCCAAGCAAAUUCUUUCUUUCUAUGGAAUCCUCGUCAAUUCCAAGCAUAUAUUAGAAGUUCCACAGACUCUGGCUAUGAUACCUCGCAACGAUCGAGAUCGAGACCGUUCUCACACUUUCUCGCCCGGUCAAUUUGUGGUGGAGCUUCGCAUGGCCAUCUUACCCACCGUCCGAGGUUUGUGGCAAUCUGACUUGAUUGAGAACGCCCCGAGCCAAAUCUCCGAGAAACUCAUCGAGGUAAUCCGUACUAUAGCCUCUACGGAAGGUGAGAGUGGGGCUAUCAAGAGAUCUGAAACCCAGCCAGAUCGACCCACAAAGUCUCCCCGAAAGGUUUUCAAGAUCAAUUCUGACAAUGUAAACUCGCUCAAAGAUCAAGGUUAUGAUGAGGAUUUAGCCAAGGAAGCCCUGUAUCGCUGCAACAACAUCCUUGCCACCUCUGCUGAUUAUUGCAAGGAACAGAAGAAAGAAAGAACUCGUGGGCGCUGUCCAAUUCCUGACGAUGAUAUUGAGGUUGCUCCUGAGCCUAGUGGUCAUCCUGGACCAUUAAGUGGAUCUACUGGAUCAGCAAGUCCAAAUGAGCAGUCCAUGACCAUUAACCCUACUCGCCCAGAUGUUACAGCUAUUGUCAGCUCACUUCAACAAAUAGCUGCAACUCUGCCUCAUUCAAGUCAAUCAGGCACACCUGGAUCAGGUAGUGACUUCACACCCCAGGGUUUUGAUCGCAUCAUGAAUCAAUUCGUCCCUGGCUAUGAGAAUAGGAACCGGGACACAUCGAAUGCUGCUGGGCCUAGUGCUUCUCGUGAAAGCCCUUUACUGACACCUCAACAGUCUAUUAAGGCCGAAGAGAUUCUUGUCAAGCAAGUCACUGUUGAUGAUUUGAACGAUGAACGAAAGCUCAUUCGAGACAAUUUGAUUGAUAAAUGCUUAGAUGUCAUCAAUGCUCAUGGCGAUGUCACAUUUGAGAUAUCUGAUUUGAUUACUACCGUGGUCAAUAAAUCCCCGGAUCCUCCUGGACUGAAAAAGGUUGUCGGUGAGACACUUGUUUUUGCCUUGAUGUCUUUCGCAGGUGAAGAAGACGUUCGCACUGAUGGGGGUAAGAUCGCUGCCUAUGCUCAUUUGUUGGCAUUGAUGUUGCGGGAGAAGCAGUUCUACGCCGCUGCAGUGGGUGAGCUCAAGGAAAAUCUCUCUACUUUGCUCAGUUUUGUCAAAUUAUCUCCUUCGCACUCUGCUGAGGAGCCAUCACCAUGGAUUGCGCAGAUUCUUCUAAUUGUCGAGAUGCUUUUAAGCGAAGAUGCCAAGCCAAGAAAGGCCAAAUGGACGGCGCCAAAAAGCGAAAGUGAAAAAAUCGAAGCGCCUGUGAUUGAGCAUGUAGAGCUUGCCGUAUCCGAGGAAGAACGAUCUCAACUCUUAGAGUCUAUUAUGGAUAUCCUCCCACGAAUUGGAAAGGAGGAAUCACUCGCACUUGCUGUACUUCGGAUUCUUGUCAUCUUAACACGUACCCGCUCAGUUGCGCAAGGCAUGGGUGAGAAGAAGAACAUCCAGCGAUUGUUUGUCAUGGCGAAGCAGCUCGCGGGGGCCAGUUCAACCCGCAUUCACGGCCCUCUUUUAUUAAUUCUCAGACACAUUAUUGAGGAUGACGAGACCAUCAAACAAAUCAUGCGAUCAGAUAUCAAGGCCUUCUUUGAUCAUAACAUUCGACCGCAACGAUCGCCCGUUGAUCUUCAGUUGUAUUUGAGAGGAUUGCAGCACGUUGCUAAUCGUGCCCCAGCACUGUUCGUUCAAGUAACCAACGAAAUGGUCAAGUUUACAGGGUGGCCUUUCCUGUCCUCUGACCCGACAAGUCGUGCGCCAUCCUUAGUUCUCAAGGGUGAUCCUACAAGUGGAAACACGUUCUCUGUCAAGGUUUCGGAAGAUGCUGUUCAGCCGACCGUCCAAGCUACGGAAGAUUUAACUCUCCAAGAUCUCAAACCAACUACUGAGGUUGUUGAUACCGACAUGCCCGAUGUUGGAAAGGCAGCAUCUCCAGAGCACAAAACACCCGUAGUCGAGAACCCCGAUGGUGUUAUUCACUUUUUACUUUGUGAGCUCAUGAACUACAAAGAUGUUGAAGAUAAGGACCGUCCAACCACGAGCCAUGCCAACAAGCCUACCUCGUCUAGCGAUGGGGAUGUAGCCAUGGUUGGUGCACCAUCCGUACCUGAUUUACCUGCACUCAAAGGUGGCCAAUCUCUCCAGGUCCCCACCAAGCAGGAAUUCAAAGCCGAAGAACAUCCCAUAUAUAUCUACAGAUGUUUCCUUCUUCAAUGUCUCACAGAACUUUUGUCCGCUUACAAUAGAACCAAAAUUGAGUUCAUCAAUUUCAAGCGCAGUGCUCCUCCUCAGGCCAUGACUCCAUCUAAACCUCGAUCCAGUGUACUUCAUUAUCUUCUCGCCGAUCUUUUGCCUAUUGGAACUUUGGAUUACGCAGAAACUACCACUCUUCGUAAGAAGCUCACCACCUCGCAUUGGGCAGACUCUGUCAUCACUGCUCUGUUGAACAAAACAGGCGAACAGAUCCUUGACAAACUCCGCGAGCAAACCGAUGGUGAAGACGAACCCGACCUCUUGUUCGUUCGACGUUUUGUACUAGAGAAUGUUCUCAAAGCGUACAAAGAUGCAAGUGCUUCUACUGAACCCCUCGAGGUCAGAUAUGCUAGGAUGCUCUCACUUGCCGAUCUGAUGAUGCAUAUCAUGACCGGAAAGGAGAAUCUAGGAGCUGCAGAUACUGCUGUCAGCAAGAGAUCGCAGAUGCAGCUUAAGCGUAUUAUGUUUGAGAAAGGAUAUAUUGCAGCCUUGACUGCUUCGGUCGCAGACAUCGAUUUAAAUUUCCCUGGUGCAAAGCGAGCCGUCAAAUACAUCUUACGACCUCUGAAGCAACUCACUCACCACGCCAUCUAUCUUAGCGAAAAUUCUCUUAUAACAUCUCUCCCAGGACAAGCUGAUGAAGACGAUAUUGAGUCUGCCACUUCAGUGUCAGAUCUGGAAGAUGAGCGAGAAGAGACCCCUGAUCUAUUCCGAAACUCGACUUUGGGUAUGUUCGAGCAGGGGGAUGAGAAUGAUACAUCAUCUGACUCCGAAGAUGAUGAUGAAGAUAUGUACGAAGGUGAAUACGACGAUGGUAUGGACUAUGAAGAAGAAAUGGAGCAAGAUGAUGAGGAAAAUGUUAGUGAUGAAGAUGAGGAUGAUGGCAUGGGUCCUAUUGAAGGUCUCUCUGGCGAUCAUGGUGUCGACGUCGAAGUCAUCAUGGAGGAUGAAGACGACGAUGAUGAAGAUGACGAUAGCGAAGACGACGAAGACGACGACGAGCAUGGCUCUGAUGGUAUGGACGACGAUGACGCUCGCUUAGAAAUUCUUGAUGAGGUCGGAAAUGUUCAGCAGCUUGCUGAAGACGAAGACCUCGACGAAUGGGAAAGCGAAAAUGACGAAGAAAUGCAGGAGGAUGAUGAGGAAGAUUACGAGGAAGGUUACGAGGAACCAGGAGAAGACAACGAAGCUGCACAUGUUCAUGCUCAUUCUAUGGGCGAUAUGGGUCCUAUUGGCAACCUUGUUCGCGUUCUUGCUGGCGCUGGUGACGAGGAAGAUGCUGUCGAGAUGCUUCAACGUAUGGAAGAAGAAGGCGUGGGCGACCCUGAAGAUGACGAGGACGAGCCAUUGGGUGAAUACAUGGAAGAAAUUGAAGAAGAAGAAGAUGAAGAAGAUGAGGAUGAUAUGGACGAAGAAAUGCUCUUUGAGCAUGCAUAUCCAGGUCAGUCUAAUAUCAGACCAAGCUCUGCGGUCCGACUAAUAGAUCAAGCGGACGGCCCCGGUCCCAUCUUUGAUUACGAAGGAGAAGUUGAGCCUCCAAUUGUCAUCAGCCACCGUGGUCACCAAGGCCGACAGCGUCAUGCACUCCCCAGUCCCUUUCCAUUAUUUCCUGGAGGUUCGCGCGAUCCACUUGGUGGUAGGUCUCAACUCUCAGAAUUAGAAGCUAUCCGCAGAGCUGCAGAAAGACACACCCAGGAGCUCGAAUCUCUGAUUCAGAUGGCGGGAAUGAUUAGUGGCCAACCCAGACAGAACAGAACUGAUAGAGUUGUAGUUCCAGAUUUUCGUUAUAGAGCACAUAGGUCGGGCGCUCCACCCCCACAUUCUACAGAUGACGGCACGAAUCCUCUACUUCAACGCAAUGGCCCAAGUGGUUCAAGCCGACCUGGCCAUCGAGGACCUCCAAUGGGCAGCUGGAUUCAAGCAGCGGGACCAGGCGGAAGCUUAAUAGACAUGAGUAGUUUCCUUGGCGGACGUGCUUUUGGUGAUAGCCCUGAACAAAUUCUUGACAUGAUUAGAUCCUUACGUAUCCCAGGAUCGAUCGCUCGCAAUGGACAAGCUUUGCAGUUCCAUAUCACCGCUGGUCCUGGACAGCUUCCUAGAGAACUUGAAGCGAUGUUUGGCACGCGUCGUCCUCGUUCUGAGAAUCACCGCGAUACCAGCGAGCCUGGAAGCGCUACAUCUUUCUCUACUCAGUGUACAGCUGCACGAUGGGCAGAGGAGUCCAAGAUGCUCUUUGGAGCGAGCAAUAUCGAGACGGCUCAUGAGCUUAUAAACGAAAUUUUGGCUGCCCUCGUACCUCCUGCCAUAGAAGCCGACAAAGUUAUCAAGGCAGCAGAACUCGAGAAGAUCCGCGUACUAGAAGAAGAAAAGCAAAAGCGACUAGAAGCAGAAAAACUGGCCAAGGAAGUUAAGGAAGCGGAGAAGGCAGCCAAAGAAAAGAAAGAGGCCGAAGAGAGAGAGGCUGCCGAAAGAACUGCGGCUGAGAUCGUGGCUGCUCGAAGUACCGAGGUUGAUGAACAAAUCGACGAGUCUGUUGAGGCUAAUAAUGCCAGCGCGAUUGAUGCCAUGGAGGGCGUUCAAAGCGAAGUGCCAGAAGCAGCUACCAAUGUGGAAACACAGGAAACGGAAGUACUAGCUGCCGAUCGUCCUAGGGUCAUGGCUGUGAUUCGUGGCAAUCCAUUUGACAUCACGGAUCUGGGUAUUGACGCAGAGUUCCUUGCGGAGCUUCCAGAGGAAAUUCGCGAGGAAGUCAUCAUGGCUGCCGUUGCCGAACGACGUCAACAAGCUACUGCCACCGGCUCGCAACCAACCGACAUUGAUCAGGAAUUCCUUGAUGCCCUUCCAGACGAUAUCAGACAGGAGAUCAUGCAACAAGAGGCACAAGAACGCCGCCGCCGUGAACGUAUCGAACGACGAGAAGCAGGUGCUGCUGCAGGCGGUGCCCCACCAAACGAAGAUAUGGAUAUUCCAAGUAUUCUUGCCACCUUGUCACCAACUUUCAGACAAGAAGUUUUGAUGGAUGGCGAUGAAGCAUUCAUGGCAUCCUUACCUCCAGACCUCGCUGCUCAAGCGCGUCAACUGCGCCGAGCCCAGCCGGAUCAUCCUGGCCACCCUGGAAGAGCACCUGUGGGCGUUAUUCGCCGUGUGGCUCCCGGCGAAGAAAAUCGGAAUGCUCCUCAGCAGCCAAGAACUCGUCGGGCAAUUGUGCAGAUGCUAGACAAACAAGGUGUAGCAACACUCCUUCGUUUGAUGUUCGUUUUCCAACAUAGCAGUUUCCGAAAUACACUCAACUCAGUCUUGCAAAAUGUUGCAUUGAACAAGCACAACCGUGCCGAGCUCAUCAGCACCCUUCUCCACAUUCUUCAAGAUGGUAGUGCUGACAUGAUCGCGAUCGAGCGAAGCUUUUCGUACUUGUCGGUGAGAGCGAAGCAACCAAGAGAAAAGGAUCCAAAGACUCCAACACAAACUAUCCGAAGAACAGUUACGGGUCUUGGUUCUCUUGCGCAGACAAAUUCCGAGGCAUCGCCGCUUAUGGUAGUCCAACAAUGUUUGACAGCCUUGGUCUAUCUUGCUCAGACCAAUUUGCAUGUGGCUUCUUUCUUUUUAACCGAGCACGAGCCAUCUGGCGGACUCAAGCGUAGUCUCAGUCGCAAAGGGAAGGGAAAGGACAGCAAAGCCCCAAGAUACGCACUCAACUCCUUGCUCAGUCUUUUAGAUCGUGACCUCAUCAUGGAAAGCGCGACUAUCAUGGAACAGCUUUCACUCUUACUUAACAUUGUCACUAGUCCACUUAUUGCGCUAGAACGAAAGCAAAAGGAAGCUAUCGAAGAAGCCGAAAAGGCCAAGGCGGCUGCAACUCCAAAUGAGACAGCCGAAACCACUGGUACUACUGACGCACCUAAUCCUGAAAAUGCUACCACGGGUGAAAGCGACUCUACAGAACAAACAUCCACAUUACAAGAAGCAAAUGCUCCCACAGAAAACCCAUCGGCCGAUUCAGCUUCUGCUUCAGUACCGUCAGCACUUGUCAUCACUACAGACGCUGCUGAAGGCGAGACUUCCACCGUUCCAGAAACCAAUAUUGCCAAUCCUGAAGAUGCUUCGAGGAAAGAAGAGAAGAAGGUGCAUGUUUUCACCCCUCCCAUUGUACCAGAACACAAUCUCCGAUUGGUGACCAACAUUUUCUGCUGUGAGUGUAACUCCAAGACCUUCCGAGAGACGAUAUCAACUAUCAAGAACCUCUCCACAAUUCCUGGUGCGAAGGCUAUCUUUGGGAAAGAACUUGUUGCCAAGGCCCGAGCAUUAGGAGAAGUCAUUCUCGUAGACCUCCAAGACCUUCUUCCUCAGAUUCAAAAAGCCAGAACUGGAACGGAGAUUCAAGGUGUCGCAUUAGCAAAAUUCUCGCCACCGGCCUCCGACCAGCACAAGCUUCUACGUGUCCUCACUGCUCUGGAUCAUUUGUUUGAUCCUAAGCGGGAAAAGAAGGAUGACGCAGCCAGUGAAGCCGAGGCCUCUUCUGAGAUGGUUGAGAAGCAAGAUCUUUUGUCUAGCCUCUAUGAGAAUUCUACUUUCGGUCCAAUGUGGGAGAAGUUAAGUGCCUGUCUCAGUACAAUUAGACAACAAGACCACAUGUUGAGUGUCGCCACUAUUCUUUUACCUUUGAUUGAAUCCCUGAUGGUGGUUUGCAAGAACACCACCUUGAAGGAUGCACCGCUAGCUCGGGCUACGAAGAAUAAGGAAAUGUCUCUCGCUAGUCCUGUUCCGGAGUCUCGUAUGGAGAACUUGUUCUUCACGUUUACCGAAGAGCAUCGAAAGAUUCUCAACGACCUCGUCCGACAUACCCCUAAGCUCAUGUCCGGUACCUUCUCACUCUUGGUAAAGAAUCCCAAGGUCCUUGAAUUCGACAACAAGCGCAACUAUUUCAGUCGCAGCAUUCACAGCCGAAGCCAGACUUCUCGUGCAGUCCCUCCUCUUCAAUUAUCUGUCCGUCGGGAGCAAGUAUUCCACGACUCUUUCAAAUCCCUCUACUUCCAGACGCCGGACCAGAUGAAGUAUGGCAAGCUGAGCAUCCGUUUCCACGGGGAAGAGGGUGUAGAUGCGGGUGGAGUUACUCGCGAAUGGUUCCAAGUUCUCUCUAGGCAAAUGUUCGACCCUGGCUAUGCUCUAUUCAUUCCCGUGUCUUCUGAUCGCACUACAUUCCAUCCCAAUCAAUUGAGUAGUAUCAACGAGGAGCAUCUCAUGUUCUUCAAAUUCAUCGGUCGUAUCAUCGGAAAGGCACUAUAUGAAGGUCGUGUUCUCGAUUGCCACUUCAGCAGAGCAGUUUACAAGCGCAUCUUAGGCAAGGCUGUUUCGGUGAAGGACAUGGAAUCUUUGGAUCCAGACUAUUAUAAAUCUCUCAUAUGGAUGCUUGAAAAUGACAUUACUGAUAUCAUUACCGAAACCUUCUCUGUGGAUAACGACAAGUUCGGCGUUGUUGAGACCAUUGACUUUAAAGAAAAUGGACGCAACAUUGCUGUUACGGAGGAGAACAAGCACGAGUAUGUGAGAUUGAUGGUCGAAUGGAGAUUGACAGGAUCUGUCAAGGCACAGCUUGAUGAAUUCUUAAAGGGCUUCCAUGACAUUAUCCCUGCUGAGCUGGUUGCAAUUUUCAAUGAGCAAGAACUGGAAUUACUGAUUUCUGGACUACCCGAAAUCGAUGUUGAUGAUUGGAAGAGUAACACCGAAUACCACAAUUACUCGGCGUCCUCUCCGCAAAUUCAAUGGUUCUGGCGUGCUAUUCGCUCAUACGACAAGGAAGAGCGAGCCAAGUUGUUACAAUUCGUCACGGGAACCAGUAAGGUACCUCUCAAUGGCUUCAAGGAACUCGAGGGUAUGAACGGUUUUAGUCGAUUCAAUAUUCACCGCGAUUAUGGCAACAAGGAGAGACUUCCAUCCUCUCAUACGUGCUUUAACCAACUCGACCUUCCAGAAUACGAAAGUUAUGAAACCCUUCGUACUCAAGUUCUCACGGCCAUCACGGCAGGCAGCGAAUAUUUUGGGUUUGCAUAA